GCUUCAAACCCUAAACGAAAUCAGGUUCGGUCUUGGCCUCGCGCUUCUCGAUUCGACGAUCUCGCCGCUCCCCGAUCUCAGGAAGAAGGUCGCCGAUCUCGAACUCGACAUGCGGAAUGCUGAACUCAAGGUUACUGAGAGUGAGGAGAGAGUAUACUGCACGCUUCAGAAGAUGGCGGAGGUUCGAGAGACUUCCAAGGCCGUGCAGAGCGCCAUUAUCAUGGAUCUCGCGCGAGCUCUAGGGAUGAAUUCGGCUAAUUAUAGUAAAUUAGCUGAGCAGAUUAAGCUUCUCAGGUCUGAUCUUUUGGCGUCUAGCACUGUAGAAGAAAGAAAGAUCUUGAUGUCGUUGGAGAAGAUAUUCGAUAGCUGGUCAAUGGAGCCUCGCAUUUCUGAUAAGAAACUUGAUGUCGAUUUCGAAGAGGAUGCUCAGAUUCCACCUUUUAGGAAUUUCUUGUGUCCUUUGACGAAGGAGGUGAUGAAGGAUCCUGUGACGGUGUGUGAAUCUUCGCAGACUUACGAGAGGACUGCGAUAAAGUACUGGUUUGAUCGGUGCUUAGAGGACGGGAGGGAUCCAACUUGCCCGAUUACAGGGCAAGUGUUGAACAAAUUGGACUUGAAGCCCAACAUUGGGCUUAAGGGUGCGAUCGAGGAGUGGGUUAAUAGGAAUGUUGAGUUGCAAGUGAAAUUGGCGCUGCAUUGUCUUGGAGAAGGGGGUUUGAAUAGGGUUUAUAGGAUCUCGGAGGAGUAUCCGGAGAUUAGGUAUAAGGUUAGAAAUGCUGGGAUUGUUGGUAUGGUUGUGAGGAUGCUCAAGGACCAGUCAAAGAGGGUGGGAUCACAAAUUAGGUGCAAGGCUCUUAUGGCGAUGUAUAGCAUGGCCAAGGAUGAUGAGAGCAAGCUAAUAAUGCUCGAAGAAGGUAUGACCAGAUUAGCUAUUCGUAGUUUGACGGCGAGUUUGGAGAAAGAAAGAGAGUAUGCUUUACGGUUAUUGCUUGAAUUCUCAUAUGUAGAGGGGUAUUGCAGAAAAAUAGCAUUGGAGAAAGGGGCUUUGGUUCUUCUUUCCAGUCUGGCUGGAAAUGUAGAGUAUCCUGUGUUAUAUAAUUUAGCCGAGGAGAUUCUGGCAAACAUAGAAAAGGUGGAGGACAAUGUAGAAUACUUGGCAAUGGCAGGAAGAUAUCAACCUCUACUUACUCGACUCUGCAGAGGCACUGAAAAUGUCCAAAUGGAGAUGGCAAGUCUUGUUGGGAAAAUGACUCUAACAAACAGUGCUAAAGACUAUAUUGCUAGGAAAGGUGGUCAAAUAUUAGUUAAUAUGCUUUCCUCCAACUUAGAGGGGAAGGCGUCAUGCUUGCAAGCACUGUACAAUCUGUCAACAUUGGAUGAUAAUGCUACUAUUCUCGUUGAUUUGGGUGUGCUUCCAGCCCUCACAAACAUUCUUUUCGCAACUCAAGAGGAUGGGUCUUCUUAUCUGAGGCAGUUGGCAGCAUCAACAAUAGCAAAUAUUGUUUCAAACUCUGGGCACUGGGAAUUAUCUUCUGCAGAUAUGGAAGGCAAUCAAAUGCAGUCAGAAUUUAUUAUCCAUAGGCUUACGGAUCUUCUUUCUGAGUCAUCGUGCACAUAUCAGGCUGCAAUUCUUCACAUUCUUUGUGGGAUUGCAUCUUCUCCCCAAGCAUCAGAUUUAGCGGCUACACACCUAAGAGGGGUCAAUGCCAUCACAAUCAUUUUACCAUACAUUGAGCAUGAAGAACCUAGUUGUCGGUCUCAUGCUUUAAGACUUGCAUGCCUCUUAGCUAAGAAAUUGGGGCAGGUUAUUCUUGAAGAACUCAGAACAUCUAAUAAACUGCCACUGAUGAAAGAAAAGUUAUUAGAUUCUGAAUGUCCACUUGCUGAGAGAUCUGAAAUUGCAUGCAUCUUAGCGGAGCUCCCAUUAGCAGAUGUUGAGGUGAAAGAAGUCCUAGGGAUGAAUCUUCUACAAUGGGCUGUCAGUAACAUUAAAGAGCAGUUAUCCACCUCUUCAGGAAAGCAAUCAAAGUUUCCCAGAAUUAUGUUGCAAGGCCUUCUCGGGCUCUUAUUGCACUACACUAGGAGCCAAGACCGAGAAAUAGUGAAGCUUGUUCAAGAUAAUAACUUCAUGAACAUAUUCCUUGAACAAAUCAGCAAUCGUUCACAUGAAAGAGCAAAACAGCUAGCUGCACUUGGGUUGAAGUAUCUAUCUAAUUCUUCAACGGUAAUAAUUUCAACUAGUGAUUCAGAGAGUCAACCUUCCCAUGGAUUUUGCAUCCCUUUCACCUUAUUAUGUCGAAAGGUUCCGAUGGCCCCCACCUUAUGCCCACUUCAUAGUGCAGUAUGUAAGAGUGAUAGUUCAUUUUGCUUACUAAAAGGGAAUGCAAUUAAGCCACUGAUUGAUCUAAUGAACGAUGAAAGCACACAAGUGCAAAUAGCAGCGGUGGAGGCACUUUCCACACUCGUUUCUGAUGCUUACAGCCUUAAGAAUGCUUCUGAAGAACUUGAACAGCUUGGCCUCUUUGAUGCUGUGAUCUCUCUAUUUAAAGCGGUUAGACCUGGAGAGCUUCAGGAGAGAGUGAUCUCUAUGGUGGAUAGGUUAUUUAGAGUAGAGGGCAUUGUUCAGUUGUAUUCGACUGAUCAGGAUUUAGUCAGGGCAUUGGUUGAAGCACUUAGGCUUGGGAAUAUGAAAACAAAGAGGCAUGCUCAGGAUGUACUAACCAACCUUAGGCAGAUAUCUGGUGUUGGAGGGAAGAACUCAAGUAACAGUCGCGGAAAAAAACCAAACCGAUGAGUGUCUCUUGAGCCUAAUCGAAAUAGCAAAUAUCCUCUAUGGUUAAUUGCGGACAGACCCCCUGUAGUUCAAUUGUUGCAGAUAGAGCCCCUGAAUGAAAUUUUUAUUCACUACUCCUGGAGAAAAGAGAAUUGUUUUUGAUAUAUUGACCUCCUGAGGAUAGAAGAGUCAAAAAAAAUUUUCACUCAGAGGGUAUAUCUGCAACAAUGGAAGUACAGGGGGUCUUUCCGCAAUUGGUGAUAGCACAAGGUGGUCUAUCCACAAUUAAUGUACAGCCAGAUAUAUCAUGAUCAAAUUGCUUCGCGUAGGCCAAGGCUGCAUCAUCUUGCUCCUCAUCCAACCAUGAGUUCAUCAAUUGAAGAAGAAUGUCAAGUGUGGCGUGUUGAAUAUCUGAAAUAUGAUCACUUGUCAAAUUGCUUCUCGGUCCAUGAAAUGGGUAACAGGGUUUUAGAUUGAAAGCCUCUCACCUUUGAGAAAUUUUUGACGUUGUACAUUGGUAUGUAUAAUAUGCCGAUGCUCGAGUUCUGCUAUGUGAAAAGUUUCACACGGAAAGGGAAGAGUUUUGCGCUUUCUCUGAAAAUAUAUGAGAUUUUUGUUGCAACUCCUUCAGAUAUUGUGACGUAAAUAUGUAUCAGUAUGUGCAUGUGCACACAUUUUGUAUAUUGUUGCACGGAUGUUAGGUUUGUGUUUGUAUUAUUGUAUUGGCGAUACCCAGUCAAUCUGCAGGUUCUUACACUAAGUU